AUGCAGCAGGGGCCUGCCGACACCGACAUGAGUUCCUCAACGCUCACCACGGCAAAGAACCGCCUCCGCUCCUUAAUGAAGCAGAGAUUGGCCAGCAUACCGCACGACUCCAUCACAUCACAAAGCUCCCAGGUCUUCAGCUCACUAUCACGGUUUGAGCCGUAUGUCAAUGCAAAAAGAAUUGCGGUGUAUCUGUCCAUGCCAAAUGGCGAAAUCCAGACCGACCCCAUUGUCAGGCACGCUCUUUCGGCAGGGAAGCAGGUUUUCGUCCCGUAUCUUCACAAGUCCGGUCUGCCUUCCGGUGAGGGGCCAGCCAGACUGAUGGAUAUGGUGAGUCUGAAAGAUAUGGCUGAUUACGAGUCGCUUGAGCGCGACAAAUGGGGCAUUCCCAGUGUCGAUGCGGCCACCGUCAACGAGAGACAGCGGAGCGUGGGUGAGCUUGAUGGAAAGAGUGCACAAGAUGCUCCGCUGGAUUUGAUUCUAAUGCCCGGAGUUGCCUUUGACAGAGAUGCCGAAACGGGGAUGAUUCGAAGACUCGGUCACGGAAAGGGUUUCUAUGACUAUUACCUGCACCGAUAUGCACUUCGGGCUCUUGAGGAGGAAAGGGCUUCGGAUGGCCACCCAUCUAUACUGCUAUAUGCGCUAGCCCUGAGAGAACAGUUCCUGCCGGCCUCGUCAGAGGAAUCAGUCCCUGUUGGACCGCACGACCAACCCAUUGACGGUCUGUUCCUCGGCAAUGGCGAGUUCAAGCAAUCGUCCCGUACAGCAUAG